CUCCCUCAACUGGCAACCCUGCCCCGCUCCGAAACGCACAUCUGUCAAAGUUUGCGUUUGGCCACUUCCUGCUUUCAUCGCCUGUCGUCGGCGGACGUUCUUUCCGAGUACAUUUGCCAAUAUGCCUCCGAAGAAGGAUACCAAGGGAGCGGCAAAGCAGCCGCAAAAGACCCAGAAGAAGAAGGAAGGGUCAGGAGGUGGCAAGGCCAAGAAGAAGAAGUGGUCCAAGGGAAAGGUUCGCGAUAAGCUCAACAACCAGGUCCUCUUCGAUAAGGCCACCUACGAGAAGCUCUAUAAGGAAGUGCCCGCCUACAAGCUGAUCACCCCCUCGGUCGUGUCCGAACGUUUGAAGAUCCGAGGCUCCCUGGCCAAGCGCGGUCUGCGGGAACUUUGCCAGAAGGGUCUGAUCCGAAUGGUUGUUCACCACCACGCCCAGGUCAUCUACACCCGCACCACCAAGGGAGACGAUCCAGUGGCAUAAGCUGCUACUACUUAGGUGUUGUUAACCGAGGAGCUGUCCUAUAUUAGGUGAAGAAAAUAAGUGCGUGUGUACGAUUACCUGUUUUGUCGCACCCCGCCUAAGUACAUUCUGACGAAGGUGUGAGGAGGGGUAAGCUUUUUUGCGAUUCGCCAGCAGGAUGUAAGAUGUUGCGAAAAGGGAGAUAAUAUACUUAUUGAUAAGUAAAACGG